GUUAUAGGCUGCCUAGGGUCGUCAGGGCGACUGAGAAAAAAAAAAAAAAAAAAAGAAAGAAGAAGAAGGUGCUGGGCCUGGCGGGAGAAGCCGAGCUGGGGACUGUAGGGCGAGUCCGCGGGGCGGCGUCCGGAGCGCCGAAGGCCCUGGGUGCUGGGAGUUCACCGCACUCCUACAGGAGGUGUCUGAACGAACGGGCCGGCCAAGAGUAGUGGCCAGAGACACCCGCGCGGGGCCGGGACCAUGGGUUGCUUCUUCUCCAAGAGGCGGAAGACGGGGAAGGACUCGAAGCCUGAAGGCGAGGAGGAAAAGCCAAAGCAGUACAGCUGGGAUCAGCGCGAGAAGGUUGAUCCAAAAGACUACAUGUUCAGUGGACUGAAAGAUGAAACAGUAGGUCGCUUACCUGGGAAAGUGGCAGGACAGCAGUUCCUCAUCCAAGACUGUGAAAACUGUAACAUCUAUAUUUUUGAUCACUCUGCUACAAUUACAAUUGAUGACUGUACUAACUGUGUCAUUUUUCUGGGACCUGUGAAAGGCAGUGUGUUUUUCCGGAAUUGCAGAGACUGCAAGUGUACAUUAGCCUGCCAACAGUUUCGUGUGCGGGACUGUAGAAAAAUGGAAGUCUUUUUGUGUUGUGCCACUCAACCCAUUAUCGAGUCUUCCACUAAUAUCAAAUUUGCCUGUUUUCAGUGGUACUACCCUGAGUUAGCUUUCCAGUUCAAAGAUGCAGGGUUAAGUAUCUUCAAUAAUACCUGGAGUAACAUUCAUGACUUUACACCCGUGUCAGGAGAACUCAACUGGAGCCUUCUUCCAGAAGAUUCUGUGGUUCAAGAUCACAUUCCUCUGCCCACUACUGACGAGCUCAAAGCGGUCCGCAUUUCCACGGAAGCCAGUAGAAGUAUUGUUCCAGUAUCCCGGGGUCAGAGACAGAAGAACAGUGAUGAAUCAUGCUUAGCAGUACUGUUUGCUGGUGAUUAUACUAUAGCCAAUGCCAGGAAACUAAUUGAUGAGAUGGUUGGCAAAGGCUUUUUCCUAGUUCAGACAAAAGAAGUGUCAAUGAGAGCUGAGGACGCACAACGAGUUUUUCGAGAUAAAGCACCUGACUUCCUUUCUCUUCUGAACAAAGGUUCUGUUAUUGCCUUGGAGUUUAAUGGAGAUGGUGCUGUAGAAGUAUGUCAACAUAUUGUCAAUGAGACAUUCAACGGAACCAAGAUGUUUGUAUCUGAAAGCAAGGAGACAGCAUCUGGAGAUGUAGACAGCUUCUACAACUUUGCUGACAUACAGAUGGGAAUAUGAAGUGCAAGGCCGAGGCAAAGACUUGGUAUUAAGCCCUGUUCAACUGGUGCAUUCAGAAUGUUUUUUACUAGGGCUAAAAUUGUUGAAGUCUAUCUUUAAUAAAUCAUUGAAUACCAUCUCAUUUACUUGAGGUUUAAAGCCAGCUCAUUUUAAAUCUAGUCAUUUUAAUCAGCUAAAAAAUGAACCCACAUCAAUAAGCUUGUAGUUUUGUUUCUCUGCAUACUAUAGAAAUAGAAGUGGCUAACAGAUCAUGAUUUUAAGCCUAAUUUUCCUUUAAGUCUGUAAACUUUCCUUAGUGCACAUGACAAUUGUUUGAGAAUGUAUCCCAUUGCUUCUUUCCUGCUUUUGUUUUAAUUUAGAGGUAGUUGUUAUCAGUUGGUUAAUUAGGAUGAACGUACACACAUUUUUUCAUGUAUACAGUUGCAGUUAAAUUAUAUGGCAAAUGAGAUUUUGUACACGAGUUGACAUAACACCUUACAAAUUGAACUCUUAAAUUUAGGUAUUUGAUCACCAGUUUUGCAAAGAACUCUACUAUGCUACCAUAGCUCUUUAAAGACUAUUUUGAGUAGGAUGACUGUGUAAGUAAUGUCCACGUUUAGUUCUUGAAAACAACUGCUAGGUGACUCUUACGAUUCCUAGUAAGAAAAGGUGUAUGCAACACUAAGCCUAUAGAAGCCCAAUCACUGGCAGUUUCCAGAAUGUUGAUGAUGAUUUUAUCAGCUCUUGUGAGCAUGGCAGAAGAAGACUAAAACCAUGUGACAUUUAGGUACAAAAAAAAUACUUAGCCAUGAUAAGCUAUCACUAAAGAGUUAGAUAAAUUUGAUUUUCAUUAGAUGUGCUACUCUUAUCCAUGAAAUUAAGUUGUUGCUUUAAAGCAUCAUUUUCCAAAACAGCCUGGCCAUAAUAAUAGACCAGGAGGCAGGGGAGAGCUACUUACUAAAUGCACAUUCUUGACCCGAGACUCUAGACACACCAAUUCAGUCUUGAGGGGGAUCUAUUUUAAGGGGUUAUUAUAAUCUGAACAAUUAGUUCAGAAGAUGUUGAUAGAUUGCUCUUGUUAGGAGGGACUGAACCUGCAUGGACGUCACAUGUAGAAGCUAAUAAGAAAUUAGGUUUCAUAGAUCUAUUUUUAAAAGGAACGUUAAAUUUAAUUCUAUUUUGGUACAAAGAAUGAAAACUGCCCCCCCUGUAAAAUUUGUCUCUUAACGAUUGUUACUAAAAUUGUAUUUUCAUGUUGAAACUGUUGCAGAUAGUUUUUGACUGACUGAUUGAUUGAUAACUACUACAAUGAAUUGUGUGUUGAUUUGCAGUAAUAACACGAGUUUCCACUUUAAAUUAGUGAGUGCUAUUGACCACAGAAUCUGUAUCUGACCAUGUGCUGACCAUUAACGUUGUGUUGUUUCAACUCUUUGAUAAGAACAUUCUGAACUACACCAUUGCCUUUAAGUUAAAAGUAUUUCAUAAGAUGCAAAUAAAAACCUGGCGACAGCUUUAAUAUAUUGGGUUUCUUAGAAAAGUCAUGGCGUAUUUUUCCAUGUAAAAAUGUGUCAUGAUUUUUCUAACAACCCAAUAAUUUGGAUCAUAAUUUACAAAUGAGAUUUCUAAAUAGUCAUCAGAAGACAUCAGGUUUUUUUUUUCCUUAGCUAAGUUAAACUAAAUAUAUUCUCUCUAGUCACAAUUACAUUAUUAACCUCAUUAUUCACAUUUUAAACUAUUAUCCUUUUUGUUUUAAUAAAUGUAGUAUAAUAUUAUAUAAAACUAAAAACUGAGUUUCUUAUUUUAUCUAUGUAUUUUAGAUAAAACUCAGGAAUCUAACAUUUGAGGGAGACACUCAUUUUAAAAUUUUCACUAAAUUUAGUGUGUAUUAACCAAAGCCUAAAAUUUUAUAUGCUUCAGUUAGAUAAUAGCUUUUACCCAAGUUAAUUUGUCUUUAAAGACUGUCAUUUGACUUCUGAAUGUUUGAAAACAGUUUUUAAAUAAGUAGAGGUACGGUUAUUGUUUCUAUAGUUCUAAACUUUGAUAGUAAUUAUAGUACAUGAUAGUUCAUUUCUGAAUAGCUUUCGCAUUCAUUAAAAUUAUUAUCAUAGAGUUAAUAAUUUUAUUAAGUUAUACAUGUUAGCUUGUUUCAUUGUAACAUUAGCUUGUUUCUCUUUUGUUAAUAGCACUGCUAUUUUGCUGCUGUAUAUUUGUCUAGCUUUUAUAUGUAAUUUAGUGUUUAUGAAAUGUGAUUUUAUUUGUAAUAAAUGUUGUUAAAAUGAAAAU